AUGGCCACACCAUACAAAAUUUGGUUGACUCCAGACAGCCAUGGCGUCUUCUCCACCUCCGGGCUGAGCCAUGCAUCGGCUCGGAAAGUCAGUGAAGUUCUUCAGCAUGAUAUGGAGAAUCAUCACAUCUAUCUCAAUGAUCGCGGAUUUCAUGACCACAUCGUGCAUUUCAUGCUCACGAUUUGGGCUCUGGGUGCGUCUCCUGACACAAUUCAACGCCAACUGGCGGAAUCGAUGCUGUCGGUCAUGUUUGCCGGCCUUCUCCAUCCCAUUAUCCAUCUAGGCUUUGCGAUUGAAUUCCAGCAACCUGCCAUCGUCGCUCAGGCCCUGGCUCAGGCUGCCGUUCAUGAAGACUACCUCGGUCAGCUGUUUCUGUUCCCUGCUGAAAAGGCUGCUGGGGGAGUUGGACAACGUGGUAUGCAUAAGACUUUGGUUCAAAUCAUGGACGAAAUGCAGGCGGACGAAACACUGCGUGCGGCUGCACACCCAGGUGAUGAUGAGGUUUUCAGUAGCGGGAUUUUGCAACGAGCUCCCAGGGUGCUUGUGCAGUAUUGCCACCAGUGGACCGUCCCCGACGAUAGGAUAAGUGAGAGGCUUGCUGAAAUGGUCAAUGCCGCUGCAUAUCUAACUGCGACUGCUCAACAUCCUGAGAAGGAGAUCAAGUUCGACUUCUAUUUUGUCCAUAGCCUCAAUCUUUCGAUCUUCUUCAAGCCGAUUCUCGAUCUUCCCUACCUCAGCACUCACAGCAAGGCACGCCUUCUCGAGAUGAAAGCGCGGAUGGACCUUCUGAUAUGGGCGUCACGCAAGAUGCCGCCACCUCGAAUCGCCGAUGUCAACGGCUAUCCGAUCCAUAUGGGCUGGCCAGAAAUCUUUUCUAGGAGCUAUAUGCAUCCCAGCGACGACGGCAUCUGGCGAAAUUCGUCCGGACAGUUGCGCACGCCCAGGAGCUGUGCCAUGAUUAUUGACUCUGUCGGAGAAGUGUCGAACGACAUGUGGGUGCGUGGAUCUGGGUUCUCUGAGUCCUGGGGAAGGUUUGGCCCUCGGAAGUAG